ACAUCUCCGAGGGCGCACGCACUUUUACGCUUUACGCACGAUCACUCGCCGACCGCUGUUUGCGCCUAAAGGCACCAAAAUAAAGGAUAUCCGCGCUGAUGCUUUGCGGUUUGGAGAGUUUGCGUUGUGAGAAGUAGAAGCAGGACUGCGCUCGGAGUUUUACUUUUUUUGUGUGUGAAUGGAGAUGGGCCGUGCGUAAAGAUCUGUUCGUCGCGUUUAACAGAAGAGCUGUCAGUGUCCCACCUGUUGCCAGGUGGUGUUGGCUUCACCCGCGGACAUCUACUAUGACAUUAGGUUUGGAAAUCAUGGAGGAUAUUGUUAUCGACGUGGUGGGGGAAGGACUUAAAGACAGCGGAGAGGAGCAGCUCUUACCUUUGGAUGAGUCGCGGAGCGAGCAGGAGACGGAGACUUCCAGCAGCCAGAGCAAAGAGCGGGACACGUACAGCCCCGGACCGACGUGUCCUCCUGCUAAAAGCAAAGGUCCCGCGUCCGUGAAGCCUCCGUACUCGUACAUCGCUCUGAUAACGAUGGCCAUACUGCAGAGCCCCAAGAAACGGCUCACUCUCAGCGAGAUCUGUGACUUUAUCAGCCACCGCUUCGUCUAUUACCGGGAGAAGUUCCCCGCCUGGCAGAACUCCAUCCGACACAAUCUGUCGCUUAAUGACUGUUUUGUAAAGAUGCCCAGAGAGCCUGGAAACCCCGGGAAGGGCAACUACUGGACGCUGGAUCCCAACUCCUCCGAUAUGUUUGAGAACGGGAGCUUCUUGCGGCGGAGGAAGCGCUUCAAGCGGCAGCAUUUUCGCUUCGACCCGCUGAAGGAGCAGCACCUGGAGCCCAGCGGGCUGCACGGCUUCCCGCACGCCGCCUACGGGCUCGGCACGGCGGCUCUGCAGCUGCCCAGCCUGGAGAUUUACCCCUACCUCCAUCACCACGCGCCCUCGCCGUGCGGCCCGGCCACCAUCCCACCUGUCAGCAGCAUCCUACCGGCUCUGUCCAGCUUCUUCUCCCGCAGCGCACUCACAGCCAAAGCUUUCCUCCAGUCGCAGCCGGGCAUGGACGCCUUCUCCCCGGCCCAGUGCACCGCGUACUCCUCUCCCCUGACCUCCAGCGCUGCCUACGCCUCCCCUGCGCUCUUCCACCCGGCGGCGUCUCCGCACUUCCUCAGUUUACACCAGGAGUACCAGAAACUACAGACUCAGCGUGGCACCGCGGAGCUCGCCAAACGCAUCCACACCAACAAUGAAUAAUCAGAAAGAAAGCGGACUUUGAACUCGUGUUUUCUCAGGUAACAGAGACAUUUUAACCAGAAGCUCCCAGCAGUGACAAAUGGAUCUGUUUUUAAAGAAUGUUGUAGAUACAGGAACUCUCCCUCUUUCCCCUUUUUUAUGGCAAAAAAACAAAACAAACAAAAAAAAAACUUCCAACAGACGCCUUUUUUAUUUGAUCCUGAAUUAUCAUCUUUUGUUUUAAUAUUUAAAUGACGAGUUUCCUUUACUUUUUUUCUGGAAAGAAAUAAAACUGAAUAUUUAAACCCUGCCUUAUUUGUAUUUGACACAGAUCCAUGUGGGGAUGUGAAGCUUUUUGAUCAGUUUAUGGACGAUCAAGAAAAUACCGUAAAUACUGUUAAAGCUGCAGAAAGUCUUUGUUUUUCUUUUUUUUUUUUUUUUUUUUUUUGUCAGAUGCUAGCUUGUGUUCCAUUUUCACUUCUGGAUUUCUGUGCUGAAUUAAUAUGAGGCCUCAACAAACCCCACAAUAGUGCCAAAAAUAAUCUUCAUUCACGUGUUCACACGUGUUGGAUUGAUGCUGAACUAUGAAAGAAGCAGCCAAAGAUUUGUUUUGUUUUUUUAAAUGGCGAAGACUAAACUGCCUCUGAGGCCUGCAGUAGCUCCCUGGAACGAUGAGCUCCUCUGCUGCGUAAAAUAUCUGAUAAAAUAAAAACCAAAGCAAAGAUUACACUUAAAAAAAAAUUAGAUUCUCGUAAUUUGGAGUCACUAAAAUGUUUUCUCAGUUGUUUGAAACCGUUUUUAGAAACGAAAAAAGGUGACUAGAAAAAGCAACAUUAUGCAUCACGCUGGAAAAGUCGUGGAGGUCAGAAUCAGUGUUGGUUGGUUGACGCGUAAAAUAAUGUGUUAGAAAAUAACGCAGGAUGCAUAUGAAGGGGGUUCCAUUAUCGGACAUUUAAGGGGGUCGUUUAGCUCUUAAUGCAAAAGCUUUUUAAGUGUGUGUGUGUGUGUGUGUGUGUGUGUGAUAAAGUGUGUGUGUGUGUGUGUGUGUGUGUGUGUGUGUGUGUGUGUUUCAUAGCUAUAACCCAGAAAAUACAUACAUGCCUAUAAUUGCCUUAUUUCGCAGCAGGGCCACACGCAAACAUCUUGUUCCCGCGAGGAAAUCUGUCCCACACAUUUUCACGUCAAAAUAAUCACGCAGCCGCAGAAAAGGCCUCCUUUAAAAAAAAAUAAAAAAUCCAUUAAUUCAUUUUAUUAUAGAUGAGGUUCAGUUUAAAAUAUGUUGGUUA